AUGUUUACCCUUCCUCUGGUCAUUGCCCUCCUCAGCCAGUCGGCGAUCAUCGCCUCUGCGCCGGUCAACUCUAUCAAGGCUCGCGACAACCUCGACGACAUCGAGGCUGCUCUUGCUCCGGUCUCCCAGUCACUUGCCCAGGUUGACGCCGCCGUCCUUGCUCUUGAUGGCGGUCCGGUCACUGCCAAUAACCUCCUCGUCUUCUCUCAGCAGGCUGAGGCCACUACCAACCAGGCCACUCUUCAGAUCCAGCAAUCCGGAAGCCUUGGUGCCAUCAGAGCUGCCAGGCUUCGCCGCAUCACCGAUGGUCUCCUCGAUCAGACGACCACCACGGUCUCUGAUCUCGUCUCAAGGAAGCCUGUUCUUGACAACCUGGGCGUGAGCGGUGUUGCCUUGGAUUCUCUCCAAAGGCAGAAGAUUUCCACCAUGGCUCUCACUGCCGCGCUUGAAGAGAAGGUCCCCAGAGUUGGACAGAGAAUCGCCGAGGAGGACAGAGCUCAGCUUGAGAACGUCCUCGAUCAGGGUAUCGCCGCCUACUCCCAGCCCGCUGUCCAGGCAGUUCCUGUCACUGUCAUCCCAGCUGCUGCCCCGGCUCCCGCUCCUGUCCCUGCGCCAGGCAUUGUUGUUCCCGCGGCCCCAGCUGCUGGCGCACCCCCGGCUGCUGCUCCGGCGCCUGCUGCUCCUGCUCCUCCUGCCGCAGCACCUGCCCCGCCUGCUGCUGCUCCCCCAGCUGCUGCACCUGCUGCACCACCUGCUGCUGCUGUGCCCGCCGAUCCUAAUGCCCAGCCAUCCGCCGAGCAACCUGCUGCUGGCUGGCCCGAGGCUGCGAACCCUACUCAGCCUGAGCCUGCUGCUGGCGCUCCUGCUUCUCCUCCUCCCGCCGCUGCUCCGGCACCGGCACCCCCAGCCGCCGCUCCGGCUCCGGCCCCAGUCCCGGCUGUGCCCGUCGCCGUUGUCCCGGCCCCCAACAGCCCUCCUCCUCAAGUCACUCCCCCCGCUGGCCGCAGGGAUCGCCGCAGGAAGAAGAAGGCUGGUGCCAAUAUUCUCAACUCCGCCCAGGAGUAA